AUGCGGACUCCUGAAGGGGCGCAUCCAGGCGGAGAGCAGGCCGGGCAUCUGCGCUCAUGCAGCCGGCCGACGGAGCGCGAAGGCGGCGGUGGAGGUGGACAAGGCGACGGGGUGGUGAUGGACGCGGAGGUGCUGGGGGCUUUGCGGGAAGACGCGAAUGGUCUGGCAGACCUUCCCCACAGUGGGUCUCAGUUUAUCUAUAAGACGUCUACUGGGAGCACAAGUGAGAUCCCUGAGUGUCAUGUCUACUUCAAGUGUGUUCGGGGCAUGCCCAGCGCAUUUCUCUGCAUCGAGGGUGGAUCCUGUCGUGGUUGGCUCUUGACUGUUCUGCUGAGCACGUUUAUGUUCCAGCUGCUGAGGAGCGUCGGACUGAGGGCGUUCUCCAUGGCCUCUGAGACUUACAAAUCUGGGGCGCACUCUGCUGCCUUCAUCACCUGCCCCAAUGAUACUGUAGCCAAAGACUUGGCCAGAGGCAUUGUGCAGCAGAAGCUGGCCGCGUGCGUCAACGUUGUGCCUUCCAUCACAUCCGUGUAUGAAUGGCAGGGGGCCAUCCAGGAGGACACUGAGGUUCUGCUGAUGAUCAAGACCAGAAGUUCUAAGGUUCCUGCUCUUACCGAUUACGUUCGGAAGAACCACCCGUAUGAGGUGGCUGAAGUCAUCAGCCUGCCCAUCGACCAGGGCAACCCGCCCUACCUCAAAUGGAUCUCCGAUAUCGUGCCUGAAUGA